AUGAACAACGAACAAUUCCGUAAACUCAUAGGUUCGAACUCGCAAAAGAGUUCCAAUAGCAAAGAUGGCGCAUCCUCAUCAACCCCAGCUGUUAGAAAUGCGCUGGGCUCAAGACAACGAUCAAGUAUCCCAAUGACCCCACGCGCUGUAUCUGGUGCUCAAGCAGACUUUGCGCGACAACUUGCCGAGCGAAACGGUGCAGCUCGACCGCAAAGGAAAUUCAAGUCUUACGAUCCGAAGGGUGUCAAACUCGCUUCAGGUUAUACCGAUCGAUCGAAAGAACGUGACGAAGAGACGGAAGACGAAAGGGUACAGAAACUGAAAGACCUCGAAAAGCAGUUGAAGGAUGAGGAGAUCGACCAAGAGACGUUUGAGAAGCUACGAUUCGAGAUUGCCGGUGGAGAUUUAAGCAGCACCCAUCUGGUCAAGGGUCUUGACUUUAAACUUUUGAAGAGAAUUCGAGAGGGAGAAGAUAUCUACGGCGAGAAGAAAGAGGAUCCUAAGGAAGAGCCCGAGCCCGAACCGGAACCGGAACUCGAGCACGAAGGCGAGGGCGAGAUCGACAUCGACGAUGAAUUUGAGAAGAUGGAAAACAAAGAGGUCCAGGCGAUAGAGAAAGAGAAAACGGAGACGAAGAAGAAGGGCCAACUUUCUACAGUAUCUCUAGCACCAGGCAAAAAGCGAACACGCGAUCAAAUAUUGGCAGAGUUAAAGGCGGCAAGAGAAGCAGCCAAGGCACAACAAAACACCCUUGGAGAUCGGUUCAAGAAAGUUGGAAUUAAGCAAAAGGCCGGUUCACGAAUAGAGCGGGACAGCAAAGGACGAGAGGUUUUGAUCAUUGUGGAUGAAGAUGGACACGAGAAGAGGAAGGUUCGCAAAGUCCAACCUGGUGCCGAGGAAGAGGAGACUGACCGUUCCGGUCUCUUGAUGCCAGAUAAGGAUGCAAAGCCUUUAGGCAUGGAGGUCCCGGAGCAGUACAGGAAGCAAGAAGAGGAACCUGAAGAGGACAUGGACAUGGAUAUCUUUGAUGGCGUGGGUGACGAUUACGACCCCUUGGCUGGCAUGGACGGUUCAGACUCAGAUUCUGACGUGGACGACGAUUCCAAGAAGGUGAAACAACAGAAAACCGACGAAUCAACCGCAGAUACAUCAAUGCCACCACCACCGAAACCACAAGCACCCCGGAAUUACUUCCAAGGAGCCAAGACAGGUCUCGUAUCGGAGGAACAGAUCAAAGCGCCGUCGAUGUCUGAUCCUGCAAUCAUGGCAGCAUUCAAGCGCGCAGCAGCUCUCAACCCAAUCAAGAAAGACAAGGGAGAUAGUGACGAUGAUGACGAUGAUGAUGGUCAAGAUGAGGAAGCACAGAAGAAGGCUAUGGAAGAACGAAAGAAGAGGCUUCUUCAGAUGGCAGACCGAGAUGACCAAGAUUUGGAUAUGGGCUUUGGUACAAGUCGGUUUGCUGAUGAGGAAGACUUUGAUGAGAGCAAAGUCAAGCUUUCGAAGUGGGGAGGCAACAAUGACGACGACGAGGGAGAAUCAAAAGGUGGACCAAAACGAAAGAGAGGACCAAAGAAGAGAAAGGGCGAUGCUAAUAAUGCUGCCGAUGUGUUGCGGGUUAUGGAAGCACGCAAGAAGACAUGA